UUGCAGUCGCCGCGCGAACGACGGUGGAUUCCGUAAAUAUCCUUGCGACGAUUGGUAGAGACGAUAACGAAUAUUCAAAUACCCCUGAGAGUGCGCUCUCAAACGAUUUUGUUGUCACCCAGAAUCCCACAUCAGAUGACCCUGUUGCAUUUGGUGUCACUGUGACUGAGAUUGAAUCUAAAGAUCUGGACGACGUCCAACGCGACGAACUCUUGAACAGGUGAUCGGCUCCCCAUUCUAUGCGUCGCCCUGAUUCAUGAUUACCAUUGCAUUUAGCGACCGCCCCCCAGAGGAUAUCACUCUGAGUCAGCAUGCAGCAGAUGUCAUGUCUUUAUUUAAUAAUAUCCGCACCGCACGGCGAGGUAGAUCCGAACAAGCCCUUGCCGUUCGACGUAUCACUGAAUUUAUCAUUCGGCGAUGCGCACCGAUCAUCUCCCAUCGACUCCGAUCUGACAAGUUCAUCUUUCAAGACACGACAUUAGAUAAGAUUCUCCAAGGAUGGAAACCUAGCGACGGGGACCAUUUUGUGAAGACUGAGUGUGAAAUACCAGAACGCCUUAUUCGCCUAUUCCAGACGGUGGGCAUCCAAUGUCGACAGUCCAACAGGAAAUAUUUCGCACCAUGGACGAAAGACAUAGCUCCAGCUUGGAUGGAAGUAUUUCUAUCGUGCCUAUCAUUGUGCAAGGAUUGUUUCGAGCUAGAAGGCAAGAAAGUGGCAGGCGACACCGCCGUGGGCGCGACUGCUCUAAAAUUGCUCCAAACAUUGGUUGAAUCAGAGGGGUUCAAAUAUCUGCUUCGACUGAGGUCUGUCAACGCUAUCCUGGUGUUAAACCGUCGGCAAGCUCCAGCUCGCUCCGAUGCUGGAAACACAGAAGACUCCGAUGACACACAUGGCGACAAUUUGGAGCUCACCGCUGAGACAGAAGAGGAUCCGGUCGCUCUUACCAUGCGAUACCUUGGUAACGCCGUCGCGUGGAUCACUGCAACAGAUUUCUUAUUUUCCAGUUCACGUAUUCGACGUACCCCGAGGCUUCGUCUCCAUCUCGCGAUCACCGCUCCUCCUGUCGAGCCGAAAGCAAUGGAAGAUGCAGUACCAAUCUUCACGGAUAUGUUCAACAAAACCCUUAAAAAUUGGGAGGAUCAAUCCAGAGGCCGCAACUCGGGGGUGCGUUCAUGGUACUGGCAAUCUGUUGUGAGGCUUCGAAAGUCCCGGGAGUUUCAUGGUACAGUCCACUGCGAGGCAUCGCUGAUGGGUGCCAUUGCACAGUACAAUGGCCAAGCUAAUAACACGCAGAAUACCCAACUUCCGGAGAUAUUUCAUAGCACUUCCAAUAAGCCAAGGACAAUUGGAGUGGCUAAAAAAUGUUGUUGGUGCUGCAACAUGCUGGUAACCCUCCUGAACUCAGCAGAUAUCCAGUUCAGCCUCCCAGGCUCGCAUGGUCGAAUAUUCCCGUGGGCCCUUCCCAGUAUGGGAAUAUCUUAUGAAGUUGCUUGCUCCCUUGAGGAUAAGCUUCAAAAACAAUUGUCACUGGCAAUUUGGAAGAUGCUGGACAAACUAAGAUGUAUAUCUGAAAGCCAGACAAACAGCCCUGCAUCAGAUGGCAGAGGGUGAUUAUUGGAAUGAAGCGAUGAAUAAUGUGGAACAUAAGCUUCGUUCAGGUUGAAGAAACAGGAUUCUUUUUCAAGUGAUUUCUUUAGCAUUUGAAGCAGCUAGUUUAU